AUGGAACAGCGUACUGUCCUCUUCUGGCUUAACGGAUCCGGCCCAGUAUGGGUGAGCGUUGGCAGCAAUGAAGUCAGAAGCGUCACAAAGGUCGCUGCUGCCCUGGUAUGCUCCCACGGUAUCAACAGUAACCACUUUUCCGGACCAGCCUUUAGAAGAAAGCAGUUUUCUACCGGUGGAAACAGCACUAGCAACGUCCGAGGCAGAGUGUUCUCCGGAUUGGACCCAUUCGUUUCCGAUCGACACGGCAUAGAUGGCGUCCCAGCCUUCACUGCUGCCGGUCACUUGCUCUGCAAGAGUGUCGAUAUCGUCGGAAAGACUGUCAUAGUUGUAGAUACCAGCAAAAAUCUUUUGGCCAGAACCCUUGCUGUUGAGGAUGUUGGUGACACAGGAGCAGUCAGGAGCGUAGACUCUGAUGAUGUCGUAGGACGUGAGCUUGGCAAUGUCGCUGGAGACCUCGUCGGCGGACUUGCACGAGCCGGAGUCGGUGUAAGGAGAGUAGGUGAUACCUUUUCCUUGCUCUGCGUAGUACUCGACAGAUCCAGACGAGGCAGAGGAGCUUGGAGCGGAGGCAGAGGAGGAGCCGGAGGAAGAGUAGGCUGGGGAGCUGGAGCUUGCCGAGCUGGCAGAAUAGCUGUUAGAAAAGCCGGAGCCAGUGGUGGAAGUGCUCAAAGUGGUAGCACUGAACGAAACAGAGCCAGAGUCCGAGGCAGACGAAGCAGAAGCAGUCUGGGUAGAGGAAAUGAGGUUUCCGUUCUGGUCGAGGAACUCGGUGACCACCACAGUGACGGCCGCGUCUCUCUUAGCGUGUUGAUGGUGCUGGUGGAUAGGGGAAGCCACAGCAGAGACUGCUAG